AAAAUGACUAUUUUUCCUGUUAUUUAAUUCUAUGACUGAAUUACUGCUGAAGAUUGCUAUACGUACAAUGAACAAAUGCACAUAAUGUUUUCAUCAGGUAUAGAAAUGCUCAGAUAGAGUUGAAUGAAGAUUAUAAAAAAGAACUUCAGUGUUCAGAAAAAAACUGACAUUUUAUCUUUGUGAUAAGCAAAUUAUUAAUUACAUUUGAAAGACAAAUGGUAUGCAUUUUAAACAUAACAUGUUUAUGGAAGAAAAUGUAUCCAUCAACAGAAUCAAUCCACAAUUAGGAGAAACCUUUAAGGGUCUUUAUGGCAGUUUAUUUUUUCAUCACCAACACUUUUAAAAAGUAGAGGUCUAGAGUUUCAGCAAGUCUGUGUUAAUUGAUAUUCCACCCUGUUAGUUAAUGAGUGAUUUAUUUUGAUGUUCUUCUCAAAGAAGGGUUGAUUUUACUCCCUUUUACGGCUAUUAUAAAGCUAGAAAACUUAACUCUGAACAUGAGGUUUGCCAAAUAAAUCGUUAAAGUGAACCCAAAAUAAGUUUCAAUGCUAUAUUAUUUACAAUUAUUAAGAGUUGGGUAUGUUAUGAUACUGGUGUGUGUGGGUGUGUGUGUGUGUGUGUGUGGAAAAUAAAUUGUUAAUUGGAAAGGGGAGGGGAAAGAAUUAAAGGAUGAGGAUUGAACAUACCCUAUUUUUCCCCUUAGUUUCCACUAAUUUAAUUUUUAAGACUAGCUGGAUCUUUGUCUAAUAUAUUGGUGCUGUAACUUCUUAUUUAUUUUUUUCUCAGUCUUGCAUUAUGUAUUAUGUUAUAUUGAUGAAAUGAUAGUCAAUGCUAUCUGAAAAUAUAACACUUUAUAUAUUUAUUUUUAAAAUGAUAUAUUUGAUAGAGACCUUCAAUGUCUAAAGCCAUGUACAACUAUUUUAGAUGAUCUUUUUUUUUGCUGUUACACAUUUUUCCAGUGCUAGUGAAAUUCAGAGGAUUGGGCAUUACAAAAGUAAUGCUGGAGAAAAACUUGACAUCUUAACUUGACAAUUUGCCUGGGGCUGAGAUGUGUUGAUAAUUCAGGUGGAUCAAUUAAACAAAUAUAUAUUGAAGAGACUACUUUGUCAGUAGAUGUUUCAAAGACAAUUCUAGACAUUGUUUGCAUUUUGUAAAAGGACUCCCAAUUACAUGUAUUAGAAUAACUUCGAUGUGACUGUUUCGUAUUGUUUCAUUCAUCGCCAUGGUGACUGACUUGUUACCAUGGUAACAAGUGUGUUGUGUACUAACCUGUAUGAUUUUAUACUGUAUGGAGGCCGAGGCCAGAGGGUUGACAUAUUUCUGAUAGUUUGAUAGAUUUCUUGUCCACAACAAUCUUAUAUAUGGGUGGCUGUCUUCAGCUGGGAAUAUGUUACAAUCAUUUGUGAAUUUUUUUUCCAUUACCAAAAUUGAUUUUUUUUCUCUGAUCAUUCUCUGCCCUUGGGGGCUACAACAGAACUGGACCUGGCUUACACAGUUAAUUUUUCUACAGUGCUGACAAAACUUUAUCACGUGCAUGUUGGUGGCAUUUUAGAUGUUCAUUGGCAUGUAUUGCCCAAGUUGAAAAAGCUGGAAAACCUUCUUGUAUAAUUAAAUGUGUACAUCUCUUUUGUUGAAUUUAAUAUUAUGAUAAACAUUUUAAAGAUAAUUGAGUAACAAGAGUUUCAUGGAUACUGUUUUAGCAAGAUUUCUUCUGACAAAUAUUUUGGGUGAGGUCAAAGUUGUGAGGCCACAGAAAAUUAAUUUGUAGAUUAAAAACAUAAUUUAUUUAAAGCAUAAUGUGGUUUAUCUGCACAUAAAAUGGCUUAUUUGCCAAGAAAUCAUGAAUAUAAUUGAAUUUAUAGAUAAUGAUUUGGAGUGAAACUUCCACUUAUUGUUUUCCAAUGCAUUACAGAGGCCAAUUUGGAUAAUCAAACACUUGAAAUUAAUUUACUGUGGUCUUGCAGAGCUUUCUGGGGCUUGGUAGGGGGACUUCAAUGCACAUUUAAUUAUUCCAGCUUUUUCUUCUCCGUCAUAUGCUGAAAAUACUAUAAUUGUUGAUUUUAGCAUAUUUUGUUUAUAUAUAUACAUAUAUAUUAUAUAUAUUUAUCAUUUAAAGAAUCUAGACUUUUUACUCUGUCAUUAAAUAAAAUGUGAGAUCUGUU